CUCCUGGGCGCUGCUGGGUUGAUGCGGAUGUAGCUGCCACCGAGAUGAGACGCUGGAGACGCGGCGGUUGUUUCCUAGAAGUUUGACCUGCGCGCUCUGAAGAUGUCGGAACAUGUGGACCACUGGCGAGGCACAGCGCAGCUGGCGCUCGCUCCAGUCAGCCUGGCUAUCAUAACCGCCCUCAGCGUGUGGAAGCUGAAACAGUUCAAAUACAGACUCAUAAAUGAAACUGGGGGUGCAAUGUUUUUUGGUAUGCUUCUAGGCUUAAUUGUGAGAUUCUCGUUCUCCGAGAGCGCGUGCCCUUGUCAUGGUCUAAACGGCACUCAUUGCAUCCUGCCGGGCAAUGCCACAUCUCACUGGCUGUCCUGCAUCUUCCUGGUCUCUUCACCUGAUAUGGAGACCUUUGGUUCGGGGAUCCUCCUCAGUCUGUUCCUGCCACCCAUCAUCUUCCGUGCAGCUUACAGCCUUAAUCAGAAGCGAUUUAUUAAGAAUCUGGGAUCUGUUCUGACCUACGCUUUCUUGGGUACCUUAAUCAGCUGGAUGUGUAUAGGGGCCUGCAUGUACGGCUUCACCAGGCUGAUGGCGCAGUGGGGCCCAGCAGCAGAUGCAAACUUCUCCCUCACCCACUGCCUCCUGUUUGGUGCCAUUAUGUCGGCCACCGACCCAGUCUCAAUCCUUGGCCUGUUGUCAGACCUGCGCGUGGACUUGGAUCUGCACAUGCUGCUGUUUGGCGAGAGCGUCCUGAAUGACGCCGUGGCCGUCGUCUUGACACAUGCAAUCACCAACUACAACACGGUGGAAAAGAGUCCCGUCUUUAACCUCGCAGCCUUUCUCUUCUCCGUUGGAUCUUUUGUGUGGGUGCUCGUCGGCUCCUUCGUCUUAGGCUUCGUAUUCACGGUCGUAACAGCCAUCCUCACCAAGUUCACCCGACUGCACGAGUACCCCCUGCUGGAAACGUCCGUCUUCUUCCUGCUGUCCUGGAGCAGUUUCCUCUCAGCCGAAGCCUGCGGACUUUCAGGUAUUGUGGCCGUGCUGUUCUGCGGCUUAAGUCAGGCGAGGUACACAAAUCUCAACCUAUCCUCCGAGGGCAGGACAAGGAUCAAGCAGCUCUUUGAAUUCCUCAGCUUCCUGGGAGAGAUUUUCAUCUUCAGCUACAUGGGAUAUAUAUUGUUGGUGUUUCGGCACCAUGUUUUCAACAUUGUCUUCAUUUCUGGGGCAUUCCUGUCCAUCUUCGUUUCAAGGGCGCUCAACAUCUACCCCUUAUCUUUCCUGCUGAAUCUGGGCCGCACGCGCAAGAUACCCCGCGCCUUCCAGCACUUCAUGAUGUUCGCAGGUUUGAGGGGGGCUAUAGCUUUCAGCCUGGCUUCGAGACAACAGGACAAAGCAGAAGAAACGAUGGCCCCCAUCCACGCCACCAUCCACACCACCACCCUGCUGCUGGUCGCCGUCACCAUCUGGGUGCUGGGCGCGUCUGCCGACCCCGUGCUGCGCCGUCUGGACAUCAGAUCAGCUCAUAGAGCCUCUCCACAUGGAAUGCGUCCCGCAAGCCAAAUGCGUCACGUGAAGUGCCGUUUGUGCCUGUCGCAGCCUGCCCGCGUCCAAAGAGGCCUCCGCGCCACGCCGAAACAACUUGCUCCGGUGCCUGGAAACCUAGAGAGGAAAACUCGUAUUGUAAGGACAGACCUCAAGCAGUUCUUUAAGACUCCUCCGGUGGGAGUGCCGCGCAGCUCUACCGACGAGACAAAUAUAUCCCCAUGUGGUGGGCAGAAAAUGAAGAGAGGAGCUGGUGGGUGAGAAGAAACAGAAUUAAGAGGAGGUGGGAGGUGAUGAAGGCAGGAAGAGUGAUCUGAGAGAGCGAAAUGGAUGCUGAGAAGAGAUUGAAAAACAAAAAGGGAGAUAAAUGAACUGUUUUGUGUCAGUUUUAAAAAGGGGUAGCAGGAGACAUUUUUGGGCAAUAGCUAAAAAGUGAUGUGGAUGUUGUGAGGAGACGCAAGAAAAAACAACAGGACGAGACAAAUGCUGUGUGGAAUGGAAUUAAUAGUGAAACAGGCCACAGCAUCAUGAACACUGACAAGAGAAGUAAAUACCGUUGACCAUCUUGUGACAAUACAAUGUUCCGCUGGGAAACUUUUGGGCCUAUUUAGACAUGUAGCACCCACCUAAACCAGACCAGACACCCCCACUCCAUAGCAGUGACACUUCUGGAUGGCAGCAGUCAUCUCCCAGCAGGAUGAGGUCUGAUAGGCUUUUUAGACUAAUGCAUUAAACUGUUUGAUAACUGGUUGAAAAACUAACGACACGAAAGACGGUCUUGCCUCGAGUACAGAAAUAAAAUACAAGGUUUAAAACGAAAACACAGAAUCUAUAGAACCCACAAAUACCAGAUAAAUGGAGCAACAAGUUAACAAACGAUGAAAAGCAGUCGCCAUGACUGGUGUAUAUAAGCCUGAUCCACAGAGGCCCCUCCCCUCAACACAUGGAAGAGAGUAACCUUACGUCACGGGUAAGGCCACGCCCCCUUUGUGGGUGAACACGAAGGAGACGUUGCUGCGUUGUGUGUUGUUCUUCGAACAACUUCAAAGAUAAAACUCUGAGAUUUUUUCUCUGCUCCCCUGCCUUAAGAGAGAGGGAUAAAAACCAAAUAAAUGUAUGGCUUCAGGCCAUAAAACAAAUGGACAAAGACGUGGGACCAUGAUAGUUGAUGUGCGUGCGGCAAACACUUAACCAUGAUGAUGCGAACGUUAGCUAAUGUCAGUUGUCACAGUUGUUAGUUAUAAUGUUAAAAAUUCAAAAUUCAUGUUAAAAACAAGAGAAGAGAAUGUUGAACUGAAAUGACAACGACAGAGCAUAGAGUUGCGUUACUGUGAAGCCUUUCUUUUUAUUUUUUGAUGAAAGGUAACGUUGCCUAAGCGAUUCACCGAUGUACGAGUAAAUGUCUGGGUGUGACGCCUCCGGCCACUGAGUGGGGUCGUUCACCCGUUUACUAUAUGGACAUACAGCCCUCAUUUUUUUCAAUUUUUUUCUAUGUAACGUCGACGAUUGUCGCUAGGCAACGACAUUAUAUAUGUGUCCACCUGACGAUCGUUUACGCCAUUUCACUUGCUUUCCGGCCAACAAAUGCUAGCAACACAAAGUAAACACUGAUCACAGAGGGAUUUGUAUUUCCCGCCACUGUUUUGUUUUUACACAAAUGGGGGUGUGGCCUAAUUUGCUACUCUCCCCAUUAACAACAUUCUGU